GUCUCUUCUUCUUCUUGAUGAUGGAGAAGGAGGACCGAUUAGAGUUCUGCUUUCCACAACUCAUCAACAUUUCCUGCAGGAAGCCCACGUCUCAUUGGUCUAAUGGUGUUUUGUUCAAUGUUGUCCUGGGCAUCAUCUGUAUCUUCACUGUGGUUCUCAACUUGCUGGUCAUCAUCUCAAUCUCCCACUUCAGGCAGCUCCACACUCCCACCAACGUCCUCCUCCUCUCUCUCGCUGUCUCUGACUUUCUGGUGGGCCUCCUGGUAUGGCCUGGUGGGAUCUACAUGAGAAUAUCCUGCUGGACUCUUGGAGAUAUUUUUUGUUCUGCGUGGUUCUCCAUAACCGUCAUACUAACGUGUGCAUCAGUAGGAAACAUGGUGCUGAUAUCAGCUGACCGUUAUGUGGCUAUUUGUGAUCCUCUGCAUUAUAACACCAAAGUCACUGUGAAAAGGGUUCAGCUUUGUGUUUGUCUCUGUUGGUUCUUUUCUCUCCUCCUGUGUGGCAUCAUCUUGAAAGAUGGUCUGACUCAUCCUGGAAAGGCUAAUUCCUGCUAUGGAGAGUGUGUUAUUGGCAUUGACUUUGAAGGAGGGAUUGUUGACCUUGUAAUGGUCUUCAUCCUUCCUUUCAGCAUCAUCGUUACUCUGUACAUGAGAGUGUUUGUGGUUGCUGUGUCUCAGGCCCGAGCCAUGCGUUCUCAUGUUACAUCAGUCAAACUACAACAUCCAGUCUCUGUCAGAGCAAAAACAUCAGAGUUGAAGGCAGCCAGGACUCUUGGUGUCCUGGUCCUUGUCUUUAUCGUGUGUUUAUCCCCAAUUUACAUUGUUUCUUUUGCAGGCGACAACCAAAUGUCUGCAUUUGCAAAGAAUGCUAUUUAUCUAUAUUAUUUUAACUCCUGUUUAAACCCGUUGAUCUAUGUCUUGUUCUAUCCCUGGUUUAGAAGAGCUGUUAGACUGGUUGUCACUCUGCACAUACUGCAGCCUGGCUCCUGGGGGGACAACAUACUGUAGAAGAAGAAGAAAUGUGCUUUUUUAUCUACUGUAUGUGAUACAAAAAAAAAUGUAACGCAUCUUCAUAUAUUUUGUGCAUGAAUAGUAAUCCAGCCAGUCUCCAUGCACAUGGAAUAGACCGUAUACCAAAGACCAUACCAAAAAGUUAGUGGAAUUAAAGAACUGAAACAAUGAACGAUGUUUCCAAAAUGCCCUGAGAAUUGAUUUCACUGUGAUUUAUGGAGUGUUGUGGGGGUUCAUGUUCAGGACCCCUGAAAUAUCACAUUUUUCACCUGGUCUGAUGCACUUGUAAACUUUGGAGAGUUUUCAUGCAUGUUAAAUCUCUUGAAAUGUGAUGUAACCCACAGAAUAAUAAAAAUAAUAAACUAACAAACUAUUCCUUGGUGCUGGGGUCUUCAUCAUUGAGAAAAAUCACAGCUGGUAAAAUAGACAGACAUUAAGAACAUUCAUUCAUUCAUUCAUUUUCUACCGCUUAUCCUCACGAGGGUCACGGGGGUGCUGGAGCCUAUCCCAGC